AUGGAUAAACGGCGGGCGCCCAUCGUCCUGAUCGCGUCGGUGUUCGGAUGCCUCGCCCUCCUCAUAGUAUUGGCGGGGUUUCUGUUCAUGGCGGCGCACUGGUUGUCGGGGCAGUCUGGUAAGCCCGACUACGUGAUGUGGGACGAAAACAGCCCGGAGAGCCGGCGCGGGCCGGUCGACGUGAGGGCGGCGCCAAGGAUCAUAUUGAACGGCGAGAGGAUAGAUGGGGUUUGCCAGUAUUUCCUGGGGCUAGCAUUUACACCCGACGGCCGGUCCACUUACGGACGGACGGUGCGCGAAGAGCCGGAAGAAUGCCGUAAGGAGGUGGAGGUCUGGACCGGCCCAUGA